GACCGCUCCUUGUGCGCAUGCGCGGAGGGUGUGGCCCGUUGGGAGAGGCUGCCAGGGAGCGGGUGAGCCCGUCGCAGCGCUGGGGCUUCUACGCGCUGCUCAGGGUGGGGACCCCGCAGCCUCUAGUCUGAGAGGCCCAGGCAGGCGGAGGGGAGCGAGCGCGCGGCCCGAGGCAGCGGCGGCUUCCGGGCCGGGGCAGGAUGGUCUUCGAGUCGCUGGUCGUGGACGUUCUGAACCGGUUCCUGGGCGACUACGUGGUGAACCUGGACAGCUCCCAGCUCAGCCUGGGCAUCUGGGGAGGAGCUGUAGCACUUAAGAAUCUUGAAAUAAAGGAAAAUGCACUGAGUCAGCUGGAUGUACCAUUUAAAGUAAAAGCAGGGCAUAUUGGUCAACUUAAUCUACAAAUCCCUUGGAAAUACCUUUAUACUCAACCAGUUGAGGCUGUUCUGGAUGGAGUUUAUUUGCUUAUAGUGCCUACAGCCAGCAUAAAAUAUGAUGCUGAAAAGGAAGACAGACAGCUCCUAGAAGCAAAGCAAAGGGAACUACAAAGAAUAGAGAAUGCAAAACAGAAAAUAGCUGACCAGGAUAAAGGAAAAGAAGAGAAACAAGACACUUUUGUAGAAAAAUUAGUCACUCAGGUCAUCAAAAAUCUUCAGGUGAAAAUUUCCAACAUCCAUGUUCGAUAUGAAGAUGAUAUCACCAAUCGAGAUAAUCCCCUGUCAUUUGGGGUCUCACUUCAGAAUCUCAGUUUGCAGACCUCAGAUCAAAAUUGGAAUCCAUGUUUACAUGAUGAAGCUACGAAGUUGUUCUAUAAGCUCAUACGUCUGGAUAACCUUUUUGCUUACUGGAAUGUGAAGUCUGUGAUGUUCUACCAUGGAGGUUACGAUGAAUCUUUGAAUAAUUUAAAGCAUGGAGUUGCCUGCCGCAAUGUGAUUCCAGAAGGUUAUGAUUUUGUAUUCCGUCCAAUUUCCGCUAAAGCCAAACUCCGUAUGAAUCCUCGAUCUGAUUUUGACUUUUCUUCACCAAAAAUGGACUUAGAUGUAAAUUUACAGGAUAUAGCCAUUGAGUUCAAUAAACCACAGUACUUCAGUAUUAUGGAGCUCCUUGAGUCUAUUGAUAUGAUGACCCGAAAUCUGCCAUAUCGGAAGUACAGACCCGAUGUUGUUUUGCACAACAAUGCCAAGAUGUGGUGGAAAUACAUUAUUAAAGGUAUUCUGGAAGUAAAUGUUCAACCCAAACUCAAUAUGUGGUCAUGGGAACACAUUCGACACCAUAGAAAACAAGUGAAGAGCUACAAAGAGAUGUAUAAAAUGAAGAUAACGUCAAAGAAACCUAGUGAAGAGAUUGUAAAAUUGUUAGAGGAAUUUGAAAAGACCCUGGAUAUAUUUAACAUCACGCUAGCAAGACAACAGGCAGAAGUUGAGGUAACUAAAGCUGGAUUAAAGAUUUACAGACCUGGGGUAAAACAAGAUGAUGAAAAUUCUGGUGGUUGGUUCAGUUGGAUAUGGGGUUGGUCAGGAGAAAAAAACGAUGAGAAGAAACAGGAAAUAAAGGGUGCAAGUCUUGAAGAAUUGAUGACACUGGAAGAAAAGGCUAAACUCUAUGCAGCAAUUGGGUAUAGUGAAACAGCUGUUGAUCCAACGUUGCCAAAAACAUAUGAAGCCAUGAAGCUUUCUGUAAAGCUGUUAAGCAUGUCCAUAUCAAUAAGGGAGAACAAGGAGAAAUCUGAGCUGAUCAAAUUUGCAGUAAUUGACUUGAGCACAAUGUUAACACAACGACCAGGUGCGCAAGCAAUAAGGUUUGAAACGAAAAUAAGCACAUUUGAAGUUACAGGCAUGUCUCAAGAAAAAUUCAUACCCUGUCUGCUAUCUUCUCGAACAGUCCAUUCGGAAAACAAUACAUCACUCUUGAGCAUAAUGUUUGAGACCAAUCCUUUAGAUGAGAAAGCUGAUCAGAAGCUUAGAAUUGAAUCACAACCAUUGGAAAUAAUAUAUGAUGCAAGGACUGUGAAUAGUUUAGUGGAUUUCUUCAGGCCUCCAAAAGAUGUACAUUUAGAGCAACUGACCUCAGCAACUUUGAUGAAGCUUGAAGAAUUUCGUGAGAAGACGUCGACAGGAUUAUUAUAUGUUAUUGAAACACAGAAAGUUCUCAAUCUAAAAAUUAAUUUAAUGGCUCCAUACGUCCUUGUUCCACAAAAUGGAUUUUAUGAAUCUACAUCAAAUUUACUACUUCUGGAUCUUGGUAACCUACAGAUGACGAGUAAAAGUCGUUCUGAUGUGUCAGAACUCAAAGUAGGACAAAGCACCAUUGAAGAUAUCAUGUCAAGAGCUUAUGAUAGCUUUGAUAUUCAGCUCAGCAGUAUACAGCUACUUUACUGCAAACAUCAUGAAAAUUGGAAGGAGGCUCGUAAGCUAAAAUAUUCAUCACAACAUAUCUUGCGGCCUAUGGAUGUGAAAGUGGAAUUUAGCAGGGCAAUGGUUGUCACUGAUGCAAGAAUGCCUAAAUUCAAAGUUUUUGGACAACUGCCUUUGCUCUCUGUUCAAAUCUCUGACCAAAAGCUGAUGGGUAUCUUGGAGCUAAUUGACAGCAUUCCUAAACCAGAAAGGAAUGAUGCUACCAUGUCUGCUCCCAAGUCAACUCAGAUUGCAGUAACUCCUCUGCUUCCAACACCACAAGUUUCGCAAAAUGUACUUCCUUUUUUGGAACUUCAUUCAUUAACUGAGUCAGAAUCGGAAGAAGAAUUUUAUGAUGCCCCCACCAGUCCUGUGGAGGAGAUGCCAUUUUUUGAAGCAUCUUCUGGCUCUCUGUCCAGAGUUAACAGUGUCAGAAGAAAAAGGUUUCAGAAGCAAGAAUCUUUGAAAAAUAUGACAGAAUUCCAGCUAAGAUUUGAAAUACCUGAGGUCUUAAUUCAGUUGUGUCGUCUUGCUGAUGGUACUGAAAAGCCUGUGCUGCAGCUAGAAGUUGUAGGAUUAGGCACUGAACUUAAACUCAGAACAUUUGAUAUGGCUGCAAAUGCUUUUCUUAGAGAAGUCUGUUUACUGUGUCCAGAGUAUAUGGAUGAUAAAGACAAACCUGUUUACAUCAUUACAACUUUGGAUAAUACAGAGGAUGAUCUUCUUACCCUGGAAUAUAUAAAGGCUGAUAUUAAUGGACCAGAGUUGAAAACUGCUUACAAGAAUGUUCUGCAGCUGUUAAAGGUGAAUUUCUCGUCUCUAGAUGUUCAUUUGCAUAAUGAAGCACUUCUGAAUGCCAUGAAUUACCUAAAUAAUCUUCUACCAAAACAAGAGACUAAAAUAACAGAAGUAGUAGUCCAGGAAAAAGAAGAGAAAAAGGAUGUUCUUAGGAAAUUAACGUCAAAAAAAUCCAAGUAUGAGGAUGUCAUAGACCUUCAUGUCUGUGCAGAUUUAUCCUGUUUGCGGGUUUUUAUUAGAGAACAAAAACGCAGAAUAUCUGAAAUUCACAUAGAAGGUCUUGAUUGCCAAGUGAUCAUGAGGAAAGCAGCAACUGAAGUGUUUGCAAAAUUAAAGAACAUAAUUAUUACGGAUUCUGAUGAGAUGGCAUGGUAUAAAAAGGCUCUUUAUAUCACAGGAAAAGAAGUCUUCAGUUUUAAAAUGGUGUCGUACGUGGAUGCUACAGAUGGUGCUGCCUAUACGAAUAUGAAUAUUGUGGACAGCCAGGUUUAUUUAACUGUUGGCUGCAUUCAAGUAGUUUUUGUCAACAAGUUUGUUUCAACUAUUUUAGCUUUUAUAAAUAACUUCCAAGCUGCUAAGGAAGCUAUUACUGAAGCAACUGUUCAAGCAGCAGAGAAAGCAGCUACAGGUGUAAAAGAAUUGGCACAACGAAGUUCCCGAAUGGCACUGGAUAUUAAUAUUAAAGCACCUGUAAUCAUAGUGCCACAGUCAGCAGACUCUACUAAUGUCCUUGUUGCUGAUUUCGGUCUAAUUACCGUAAAGAAUCAGUUCUCUGUUAAAACAAAGGCACAGUGUAGCCUUCCACCUGUUAUUGACUCUAUGACAGUGAAGCUGAGUGAACUAAAACUAUACAGAGCACAUUUUGAGAGAGAUUCAUUACAAAGUGAAAUACAGCUGUUGCAGCCACUAAAUUUGGAAGUUAUUGUUGAACGUAAUUUAGCUGCUGCCUGGUAUAGUGAAGUGCCUGAUAUUAAAAUACUUGGACGACUUAAGCCUAUGAAUCUCAUUCUCAGUCAGGAAGACUUAACCACUAUAUUGAGGACACUGAAUGAAAAUUUAGGGGACAGUUCUGGUGCUCCACCUCCUUUACCAAAACCUAAAGAUACAAGUGACACCUGCAGCGAUGCCCUCAGUACUUCCCAGCGUUCUGCAGGAAUAACUAUGGUAACAACUGCUGUGGUGGAAUUGCGUUCACCUGUUAAAGUUAAAACAACUCUAAAACUGGACUUUCUAUUCGACUCUCUCACGUUGGUAUUGUAUAGUCCAAAUUCUAAACAGGUUUCUGCUUUGGAUCAGAGAGAUGAUCUUUUGAAACUUGCAGAGUUUAAAUUGGUCUUGAUAUCAGCUGCUAUCAAAAUGUUAUCAGAUGGUUCAAUGAAUGCUUCAGUCAAGUUAGCAAACUGCACAUUAGAUGAUAAACGACUGACAGUCCAGAAGACAACUCCAAGAAUGGUAGAAAUAAAACAUGGAUCUGAAAAGAAGGACAUGGUGGAUAUAAGCUACAAGCAGGGGAGAGAUGGCACUGUCCUGGAUGCAGUUGUUCAAGACAUAUAUCUCUGUGCAAGCAUGGAAUUUCUACUUACUGUUGCAGAUAUAUUCUUAAAGGCUAAUGCAGAAAGUGCUGCUGCACAGAGAAAUAUCAAGCAAACUUUAGCUGUAAAGGAGCAAGCACCUAUCCAACCGAUAUCUUCAAUGGAAAUGAACAUUAUUGUUAAAAAUCCAGAGAUCGUGUUUGUGGCUGAUUUAACAAGAAGUGAUGCUCCUGCAUUGGUGGUUACAACACAGUGUGAGAUCUUUAUUAAGAACAGCCCUCAAAUGUAUAAAAUGACAGCUGCUGUUAAAGAUAUACAAAUGAAAGCCUGCCCCUUUCUUGCAGAAAAGAGAAAAGGGAACAUCACUACAGUAUUGCAGCCUUGUGAUUUCUUCUUCAAAAUGGUGCAGUCAGGUACUAAUCCACAAAUGGCUGACCUAUCAAUUAAAUCCUUAACACUAAAGGUGCAUUAUUAUAAUGAGAUGUUUGGUGUGUGGGAACCUUUGCUUGAACCACUAGAAAUUGAAAAGAGCGAUGAAUUCAAACCAUGGACUCUUGGAAUCAAGAUGAAAAAGAAGGCCAAAGAAGCAUUAGAAUCGGAUGCUGAAGAAGAACACUACAAGGUGCCAGAAUAUAAAACAGUAAUAAACAUCUCCUCGAAAGACCAGCUGAACAUUACACUAUCCAAAUGUGGACUACAAAUGUUGAGUAACCUGGGCAUGGCGUUUGCUGAAGCAGCUAGCAAAACUUCAGACAUCUUCAAAAAAGAUCAAGCACCAUUUGUAAUAAUGAAUUCCUUAGGACUUCCCAUCACUGUCUCACCCAGUGAUUCCUUUGAAGUCCUUAAUGUUGAGUCUGGAGCAAAAACAUUUCAUUUAAAAGAUGGGGAAAGUCUAAAUAUGGAAUUUCUCAGAACUAAAAGUGAGAGUGACCAGUUCACAGGAAUGACCACCCUAAGCAGCAAAAUGUUUUACAUUCAACUCAGGCCUCAUAAACACUCCACUGCUGACAAGAUUCCGUUGACAAAAGUUGGUCGAUGUCUUUAUAGAGUAAGACAUGAGGAGUCAGGUGUGGAAAGAUCCAUUGUUUGUCAAAUUGAUACGGUCGAAGGGAGUAAGAGGAUAACUGUACGUUCUCCUAUACAGAUAAGGAAUCAUUUUUCAAUUCCACUGAGUCUUUUUGAAGAUGGAAUAUGUCUAGGAACUGCUUCACCAAUAAAUGAAUUUAACAUACCACUGACCUCUUACAGAUCACUACUUUGUUUGCAACCAGUAACUGAUGAAAAUGGUGGAGAAUAUGAAAUGUGUGAAGGAAUUAGCUUUGAUGAAAUUAUGAAAAAUGUUGGCAACUUAAUACAGAGGAAAUGCCAGUCUGUGAAAUCAACUAAUCAUUCACUUAUCAUUAAUGUUGUGCCAGUAAAAGAUACCUUGACAUCUUCCGUAUGUGCAGAUGAUCGAUGGGAUUUACCAUAUGUUAUUCAUUUAUGGCCCUCUGUCCUUCUCCGCAAUCUUCUUCCUUAUCCAAUUACUUAUUCUCUAGAGGGAAAUGAUAACAAAUGGGACACUCUAGAGGAUGGAUGUUCAACUCAGAUUCAUAAUGCAGUAUUGGAUCAAACCAAGCUGGAAUUGCAGUUACUUAAUUAUCUUGAUCAAAACUGGAAAAGCGAGUACCGUGUAAGAACUAAUCAGCAGGAAAUUGGCUUCAUCACAUUCUCUUGUAUCACUGAAAUGGAUAAGACUGAACUAGAUAUUGCUGUUCAUGUGACCUAUGCAACUGGACAAAUGAUCAUAGCAAUUCACAGUCCAUAUUGGAUGGUAAACAAAACUGGCCGAAUGCUGCAAUACAAAGCCGAUGGCAUUCACCGCAAGCAUCCUCCUGACUACAAAAAGCCACUUCUUUUUUCCUUCCAGCCUAAAAAUUUCUUCCAAAAUAACAAGGUGCAGCUUAUGGUGACUGACAGUGACCUGUCUGAUCAGUUUUCUCUUGAUACUGUUGGUAGUCAUGGUUCUGUUAAAUGUAAGAGUCACAAAAAAGAGUACCAUGUUGGUGUCACCAUAGAUAACAGCAGUUUUAACAUUACAAGAAUCGUAACUUUCACCCCCUUCUUUAUGGUCGCAAACAGAAGCAAAUAUAUUUUAGAAGUAGCUGAAGAAGGCAAGGAAAAAUGGAUUCCUAUCACUUUUCAGCAGUGCAUUCCCUUUUGGCCUGAAAAUGAUUCAAAUAAACUGCUGAUUAGAGUUGAAAACUCCAACAUUCCCCCCAAGAUGAUCUGUUUUAAUAAGCAAGAAAACUGUACAUUGCUGUAUUUGGGCAAUAAGCUUGGUGGCAUUAUAGUGGAUGUUAACCUGACCGAACGUUCUACAGUAAUUACUUUAUCAGAUUACCAUGACGGUGCAGCUCCAUUCCUGUUAAUUAACCAUACCAAGGAAGAGAUGAUUGAAUAUGGGCAGAGUUCUCUCAAUGUGAUGGAGGACUGUCUCAUGCCAAAUAAAGCAGUAUUGUACACUUGGGCUGAUCCGGUUGGCUCUAGAAAGUUGAAAUGGAAAUGUGGAAAAUGCAAUGGGGAAGUAACACAAAAAGAUGACAUGAUGGACUCUCUCAUCCUGGAUGAUAAAAAGAGAGUUUAUUUAGUUUCAUUUUUUGAAGGCUUGCAACGUAUUAUCCUAUUCACUGAAGAUGAGAGUGUAUUUAAAGCAACAUAUGAAAGUGAAAAAGUAGAACUAGCAGAACAAGAAAUUGUUCUAUCAUUACAAGAUGUUGGAAUUUCUUUAGUUAACAAUUAUACAAAGCAAGAAGUGUCCUACAUUGGAAUUACAAGUUCUGAUGUAGUUUGGGAGACAAGACCCAAGAAGAAAUCAAGGUGGAAGCCAAUGAGCAUUAAGCAAACUGAAAAGUUAGAGAGAGAAUUUAAAGACUACAGUGAGCUAUCUCCUUCAGAAAACAAGAUUGUUGAGCUGGAAACAAAUGUUAUGGUUUGUUUAACUCCUAAUGGUGGAAACAUGAAAAUCCAGCAACCAAAUGAAAUUCCUGUAAGAAGAAACUAUUUGCCAGCUUUAAAUGUGGAAUAUAGUACAUCUGCGCAUCAAAAGUCCUUCAGAGUCCAAGUUUACUGGAUACAGAUACAAAACCAGAUUCUCGGAGCCAUAUUUCCUUUUGUGUUUUAUCCUAUUAAGCCUCCAAAGUCCAUCACCCUGGAUUCAGCACCAAAGCCGUUCAUUGAUGUGAGUAUUGUCAUGCGGACUGCAGGGCAUUCUCAAAUAUCACGUAUUAAAUACUUUAAGGUGCUGAUUCAGGAAAUGGAUCUCAAAUUAGAUCUUGGAUUCCUGUAUGCAUUGGCUGAACUCUUUACGCAGGCUGAGGUGCCCAAAGACCAAGAGGUUGAACUUUUCAAAAAGGAUAUAGAAUCUGUCCAAAAAGAAUUGAUGAGUAUGUCAUCAACAGAUACAUCACAAAUCAGCUUGUAUGAAUAUUUUCAUAUCUCUCCAAUCAAGUUACAUUUAAGUUUCUCACUGAGCACGGGUGGAGAAGAUAGCAACAAAGAAGAAAGACAGCAUGAACUGAUUCCAGUUCAGUCUGUGAAUCUUCUACUGAAGAGUAUUGGUGCUACGCUCACAGAUGUACAAGAUGUUGUCUUCAAGUUGGCUUUCUUCGAACUCCGCUAUCACUUCUGUACUACACAACAACUACAAUCAGCAGUUAUUAGGCAUUAUUCAAAACAGGCCAUUAAACAAAUGUAUGUUCUUAUUCUUGGCCUUGAUGUUUUGGGCAAUCCAUUUGGAUUCAUAAGAGACUUGUCUGAAGGAGUGGAAGCAUUCUUCUAUGAACCUUACCAGGGAGCCAUCCAGGGUCCUGAAGAAUUUGUAGAGGGUAUGGCACUCGGUCUUAAAGCACUAGUAGGGGGAGCUGUAGGUGGAUUAGCGGGUGCUGCAUCAAGAAUCACUAGUGCUAUGGCUAAAGGAGUAGCAGCAAUAACUAUGGAUGAAGACUACCAGCAGAAGAGAAGGGAAGCCAUGAAUAAACAACCAACUGGCCUUAGAGAGGGCAUCACUCGUGGAGGGAAAGGCUUAGUGUCUGGUUUUGUUAGUGGCAUAACAGGAAUAGUGACUAAACCAAUAAGAGGAGCCCAAAAAGAAGGAGCAGCUGGUUUCUUCAAAGGUGUUGGGAAAGGUUUAGUGGGAGCAGUAGCCAGACCCACUGGAGGAAUCAUAGACAUGGCAAGCAGCACAUUUCAGGGUAUUAAAAGAGCUACAGAUUCAUCUGAUGAUGUGACGAGUCUGCGACCACCUCGUUUCUUUUGUGAAGAUGGAGUUAUUAGACCUUACAGGUUAAGGGAUGGGACCGGAAGUCAGAUGUUACAGAAAAUUGAAAAUGGAAGAUUUGCAAAACUCAGAUAUGUUACACAUGCCAUGGUCAAUAAUACAGAUUUGUUAAUGAUAACAAAAUGUGGUGUUUUGUUUGUGACAAAAGGAACAUUUGGACAGCCGACAUGUGAGUGGCAAUACACUUACGAUGAGUUUACCAAAGAGCCAUUCAUUGUUGAUGGAAGAAGAUUACGCAUUGAAGCCAAGGAACGCGUUAAGUCUGUAUUUCAUGCCAAAGAGUUUGGAAAAAUAAUUAAUUUUAGGACUCCAGAAGACGCCAAGUGGAUCCUUUCUAAACUGGAAGAAGUGAGAGAAAGUCAUCCAAAGUUGUAAUCACUGGAGAAGUUCCAAGACAGAGAGAACAUGGAAUGCACAGUUCUGGCUAUUGCAUUUUAAUUGCUGUUUAACAUGUGAAACUGUUUGAUUAUCAGCCAAGAAAAAAAGAGAGAGAGAGAGUUUGUAAUAGCUUCAUUCUGCCUGUGUAAUAUAUAAUCAUAAUCAAAUUUUAAUUGAGUAAUCAGUCAGUCAGUCAGGUAAAAUAGUCUGGUGAUUAAAAAAAAAAAUUCUACCAACUUUUGGCUUGCUGGGUUUUUUACUUACAAAAUUAUAGACACCUAAAUCUAAAUACUUGAUUCCUUACAAAUACAGUAUAAACAUGCAUUUGUCUUAUGUCUGAUUCUUUCAUGUCUGCUACAGAAACUGAGCUCGAGAAUAAUUUGUGUGAUUUUAGAUGGAGCACAUCUUGAGAUGGUGAUCAAUACUCAAACUCUAGUUCUCCCAUCAGUUUUCACAUAGAUGUCAGCCACUAUUAUAUUAUGUUAUAUUGAAAUUAAAAUGAACUCAUCAGAGGUCAGGCAGACUUACUCCGACAGAUUGAAGAAAAUUCAGAAUGACUGCUGACCAGAAAUGUCUAACUCAGAUAUUUAAUCUCAGAGGGGCUCUUUAUCGAUAAAUACCACGGAAUUAUUUCCUUUAUUUUUUUAUAUAAAUGAACAGUUCAUGAUAAACUUAAAAUAUAGUAAAUUCUUUUGUAUGCCACUCAUAUUUAGCAAAAGCUUCAGAUCCCCAUGACACACACAUUGCCAUUCAUAAAAAAAGAACAGGUCAGUCUACCAAAGGAAGUGAUAAUCUGGGGAGAGGAGAAAUAGAUAAAUCUUUGGAAUUAUGUUGUGAGUAGUCGGACCUUAUUUUAACUAUAUGAGUGGAGUUGGAAUACUUGCAUAAUGAAGCAUACCUGAGGUUUUAAGAGUACUGUUCAAUGCAAGAGUAUUCCUAGGGUUACAUAGUAUUGCAUGCAAAACAAACUAAUAAAUUUUAGAAGACUGCUUAACUAAUCAAAUUUUAUAUAAAGAUCAUGUUCAUAUUAAAAUAAUUUAACAAAAGUAAUAUUGACUUAAUUCACAUUUGCCUUUUCUCACCUAAUGAAACAAUUUUUAAAAAAAGUUUAAUAUCCAAUUGGAAUAAAUGUAAGUGGCAGCUGGACUUCAAUAAAGAAAAGCCUACUGUGACGUCAUAUUGGGUAGGGGUUUUUUCAAUUUGCUGUUAGGAUGUGUGAAUAGUAAUAUAUGAGGAUGACUUGAAAAAUAAAAUCUAUAGAUUAGUGGACAGAAGAGGUGAAGGGAACUGCAUAGUGGUAUAUGAACAUAUUGUCUAUUCCAGAUUUUGAAGACUAUGGAAGGUCUGAUGCAUGUAGUAUCUGCUGCCAAGAUGUUAUUUCCAAACCACUGUUUGGAAUGUGCAUAGGGAAUUUAAUCCUCCUGAAAUUGCUGGUGCUGUUUGAGCUAUCCAGAACAUUGCUUUGUUGUAAAGCUAAAAUAAAUGGCUUGCCAAACUACAAUUCAUUUCAUGUAUACCAAGUCUUUCCUGCUGUGGUGUUUAACCUUUCAGCUGGUUACAAAAUAUAUUGUAAUAUUAUUGUGAUUUCCCCCAGAAUAUUUUAUUCUUUGCUAUAUUGAAUGUAAAUUGAAUCAAAAGAAUAUAAACAAGUUCCAAACUAUGAGGAUGAUUGUGUGUUACUCCUCUCGUAUAUCUUUUGUAGUACAGAAAACAUGAAACAUGCACCAGGAAUAUUUAUUCAAGUUACCAAAAUAAUAGUGAAUAUAUUGCCUUGUUUGAUUGUUGGUAAUAUCUUUAGCUGAAUACCAGAUAAUACAAACUUUACUCAAUCCCUGCUUCUUACCACUACUACUUCUAAACUUAUACAAUACAACUGGAUCAAGAGCCUUAUCAUGAUCCUCUCUUGAAUACCAUUUCAUUCUUUCUUCUUAUAUUUUCUACAAAUCCACUCCUUGAAUUUCUGCUUUUGUCCUCUCUCACAACUGAUGUCUUCUUUGUACAUACUCAUUUGUAUAACCUUUUUGUUCUCUUAUUUUGAAAUCAUCCUCUCUAUUUGGAGCUUUCUUUUGUUUGAUGGGUUUGAUUAUCACCAACUUAUAUUUUCCUGAUGUACUCUGCUAAUAAAAUAAUGUUGUGCAAAUCCUGUCUUCAUCCUGAUCACCUAAUAAGUCCCUAGAGUACUUAAAAAUUUUCUGUAUUUCAAAUGCCCAGCUCUUAAACUAGAUCUUCAAAGACUAUGUAUAGCUGUGCUCAAGCUCCUGUUUUAAUGGAUUGUAGUUUUUUCCAUUCUUUAUGCUAUAGUUCUCUAAAUUAUAAACUAUUUUGAUAUUUUAAACCAGCAAAGAUCCUUACUCAAAGAAUCUGGAAAGAGUGUCAAUUCCAUCAUAUUCCAGAAUUUUGGAAAAUGCAUUUGUAGACUUCCUCCUGCUUUCCCAGUUUCCAGGAUCCUAUCUUGCCCUGGUUUUCUCGGGCUCCUCUCUUGACCAACAGACUGCAUAUUCCCCCUAUAUCAUCCUUUCUCCUAGACUCCUGUUACUGCACCUGCUUCCAAUCUUGAUUGCAUUGCUACACUUCAGCUAUUCUGUAUUCAGUGGAAAAGAAUAUAUUAAUUUUAUUAACAAAUUUUAUUAAAUUUCAGACCUAUUUUAAUGUCUGCAUUUUGAUUUUGUCUACUGUAGUGUUAAAAUAGUAGUAAAGUAUACUAUAAACAUUUAUUGAAGCACAUUAUCAUCUUCCCUGUAUGAACAUAAAUUUUCUUCUUUUGAGAAAAUAGCUAGUUUGGUGUCUCAGAAAAAACAUUGUAUGUUUUUUAACUUGAUUCAAAAUAACAGUAAUAAUCAUUGACAAACCAAAACAUGGAAUUAAGAGCAACAAAUUUGAUAGUUUUUUUUUAAAAUAGUAAUGUUGUGUCCAAAUGACUAAGCCCUAUAAAAAGUGGGGUACUGUAGUCAUAAAAUAUGCAAGAGACAUUAGUGAAAUAUAUUUAUGUCAAAAGAUCUAACAUCCAUUCUACACAACUACGGUAUUACAUACAAUUAAGGGCUCUAUAAAGUCUUUUCCAGGCCUUAAGGUUAAAAAAUAUAUUUAAAAAUGUGACUAUAGCUUGGAAUGUUUUCCUCCUAAGUUAUGUAGUUUAACAAUUUCCAUUUUCACUAGUCUUGUGGAUUUUGUUACCAUGAUUGAGGAGAAUUGCACCACUUCAUAAGUGUUACCACACAGAACCUUUAGGCUAUAAGCAACUAAAGCCAAAUUAUCUUUCUGGAUAUACAAGCACAACUCUACUUAUCUUCAAAGUGAGUCGUUUGUGCCUGAGAGUGGCAUGCAGCCCUGAGUUUUAAGUUUUCAUUGAUAAAAAGUUGAGAUUUAUAACUGGAUUUUUUUAUUAAAACUAUACAAUAUGUACACAAUAUGCAUUCAUGAUACAAGUAGUCUCUCUCCCGCUAAAUGAAUCAGGAAUCAGAUGUGAGAUGUAAAAGUUGCCAUAAGUCCUGGAAAAAUAACUUCUUAAAACUCUUUUCCUUAUUUUCUAAUACUUUUAUAAAAAUAAUAGUAGUAAUGUAUGUUUCUUUGUAACCUUUCAUAAAAAAACAUGUAUAUUAAUUAGUGCUGGUUAGCAGUUCAAAAUUUUCUUUUUCCACAUUUGAGCAGUACUUUGUGGUUCUAUCUGGUCUUUGUUUCUCUUACACAUGGGCUAAGAGAGUCCAUGUAUAUGAAAAUAGUAACUUAAGUGUUGCACUCCUGUCCAUCCAAGUUCUUGAGCUUGAACUGUAAACAUGCAGUUUUCCUAAGAACUUAGUCUGCUAAUGUUAAAUGAUGAUUUUUAUAAAUACAGUGUUCACAUAUCUUUGUAUGAUUGCUAAAUCUUGUAUAGUUUGCAGCCUGCCAAUAUAAUCACACAAUGCAAAUAUUUAUGCCUGCUAUAGAUAAAUACAUUUAUUAAAAAUUUUAACUUUAAAA